AGAUCGGACAGCCAGUUGCAAUCAAGGAUGCAGCUCAUGCGCGACUUGAAGAAUGCUCUGGAUGUGAUUGCGAGCAGGGAGGAGCAUUACCUUCCAUCGCCAAAGGAAACUCCGAAGCGUGCUUCAAUUGCGUUGAUCCUACGCGUACGCCCUGAUCCCGCGCAUCCCCCACCCUCGGACUACGAUCCAAACAGCAUUCAUUCGUAUGAGGAGCUCUUUGCGCAGGAAUGGGUAUCCCACGGCACACCUGAACUUCUCUUCAUCAAACGCGCUGCACGAAAGGGUGACCGCUGGACUUCCCACGUAGCAUGUCCAGGAGGCCGACGUGACCCCGAAGAUGAAUCUGACCGCGCAGCCGCAGAGCGUGAGACGUGGGAGGAGGUCGGCAUUGACUUGAAGAAAGAGAAUGCCCUGUAUGUUGGAGGUUUGGAUCAGAGAUUGGUCACGACGAGUUGGGGACAGGUCGUCUUGAUGGUUUUGUGUCCAUAUGUGUACAUCCUCCCAACACCUUCCGCACCAACCCUCAACCUGCAACCAACAGAAGUUGCCUCGGCACAUUGGGCACCCCUCACCAACCUUCUCUUGCCAUCCGCUCGAACAUCUGAACAUGUGGACGUUUCGUCUCGCCUCGCUGGGAAGUACGGACCAGUAGCACAGUCGUUCUUCCGCCUAACGCUCGGCAAAAUGCAAUUCUGUGCCGUCCGUCUCAGCCCCACAGAUUCUUCCUAUUCCACCCCUCCACCGCCUCAAGGCGUGCCUCUCUUACUCUGGGGCAUCACCCUAGGCGUGGUAACCGAUCUAUUGGACCUAGUACCUAGCGAGAAGAGAAGCGCAGAGCUAUGGAUGUUUCCAACGUUCGGAGCACUGGAUGUGAAACUGAUAUUAUGGCUCUUCACCUGGAAUGCACGUCGGAAAGCCCAGGGUGAACUCAACCCAAGCGCAGUCAGCGAAAAGGCAGGGUACGUAUCCCCAUCUUGCUCCCCUCUCAGGGCCCUUUUUCCUCUGUCUUCUUCUCUGUCCUCCACUUCCCCAAUUCUCCGCCAAGCCCUAGGCGGAGCAGAAGGGUGGAAACAGAUGGACCUAGGCCGCACCCGCGCUCCAGCAGGAUGGGAUGCUGAUCAUAUCGUGUACAGGAGUGCACGCGAUAUGAAUUGGGUCGGGAGGAGUUUGAAGGAGUAUUAUGCGAAGGUGAGGUGGG